CACGCAAAACAGAGCCGAGCAUUUCAACAGUGUCCGUCAGUACGCAAAAUUACAAGUGCAAUCGUCCUAAUUUUUUCCACGUCGCACAAUUCAAGAUGUUUCAUCGUAUUUGUUUUUUCUUCUACACCUCAAUGCUCAUCGUAAUGAGAAUAAAGAUGGUCGUAUCAGAUACAGAAAAUAUACUGAUGAACAAAGAAAAUGUAAGCACGUUUAUAUCGGAGCAACCAGAGUUUGUGGCUCAACCAUACGGUGGCCCAGGAUCAUCUCUUGGUAUAACUUACGAUAAAAAAAUUCUAGCCGACAGCUCUGCUCGAAGAUUGUUGAAGACAUUGUCUCUCUCACCUGCGUUUGCAAAAUUUGGAAUGGCCCCAGCGACGGAAUCUAAAUCCAAACCUCUACCUGAGCCUGAAAAAUCAACCAAACCAUUUCGAAUAUCUUUUCCAUUUUUGUCAAAACCCAUACCUUCUGCUCCACCUACUCCAUCACCACCUCCUGAGCAGCCUCCUGAAAAGUCACCAACGCCUAGCAAAGAAAAUCCAGCCAUUCCUCUUGAGCCACAACCGGCUGUAAAGCCAUCCUCUCCAUCUUUUGCACCUCAGACAACUUCAUCGGGCGGAUCUUCAGCAACAUCUUCAACAACUUCUCCUAACGGUGCCGAGAAGUCUCCUUCUCAGUCCAACCUUCCUGUAAGCUCCUCAAGUUCAAGACCAUUUAAGCCGCUUAAAUGGAACUUUAUUCCCUGGCUAAAGCAAACAAAGAAGCCAAGCUCAUCAACAGCACCUGAACCUCAAAAUCCUCAGGGGACUACCGCUUCCACUCCACCGAACAAGUCAGUAUCUGCAAGUUCAUCAUUUAAGACAGACGAAUCAUUAACUGGAUCUGAAAGAUUUGCAGAGUCCAAGCUACAAGUAUCCCCUGUAUUACAAAAAAAUUUUAAACAACAACAGCAGGUACAGGCAAACAAACUUUCAUCCUCCACAGCAGAGACUCCACUGAAAUUGAAUACCCCGUCAGCGCAUAAGAAUGCAUCACCAAGCUUUCAAGUAUCUAAUGUUGCAUCAUCUUCUGAAUCAAUAACACCCUCAACAGCAGAGCUUCAGAAACAACCAGCUGCCGACCAUUUAGAAACCCCUCCGCCUCCCCAUCAAAAAAUUAACCCGACUUCACCUUCCAAAGCCGUUGUCUCCGGAGCAACAAGCCAUAGCUCCAGUGAGGGUUUCAGUUCGUCGUCAAAAUUCAUCUCACCCGAAUGGAAAAGUACCGCUUACACCGCGCCAACACAUGAUCCUGCACCUUUAAAUUCUCCGAAUACUUCAUCAUUAGCAUCCGAGUCAGUUACGCCAGCUGUGUCACCAUUACCCUCUCAGUCUACCGCACCAACAAAAGGAGGGAUACCUGGGAAUCCAUUGGAUACAUCUCCAACGACAUCAGACUCAGCAACAACAACACAAUUACAAUCCCCAAAACCGACCGCUCAAACACCCGAAGUUGCAGGUGAGAAUUUUCAAAAUUUGAAGUCACCGGCAUCUGAAUCAGCCACACCAGCGGUUUCAUCUUACUAUGAGAAUAAUUCUGAGAAUAUUCCGAAUACUUCUGCGUCGUCAUCCGGGGUUGCAAUACCGAUAGUCUCAUCGAGACCCCAGAAACCUUCGAUCCCAACGCACCAAACAGCUCCCUCGGAUGCACCCAUAUUUUCUGCUGAAUCAAAUCGACGCCCUGGAUCCAUCACACCCUCAAUACCAAUAAACAGUUCAGGAACAAAACCACCCCCGAGAAAUAGAUUCUUUUCAUGGCCAACUUUCAAACCUUCCUCAUCAUCAAGCACUGCUGUGCCUGGGAAGACUCCUGAAACUUCUCUUCAGGUAUCUGAUAAUACUAAGUCGAAGCAAGAGACCCCAAUCAUUUCGUCACCUGCAUCGGCAUCACCAACUUCAAAUGCAUCAUCCGUUUCUCAGUCACAUGAACCGUCUAAAUCCGAGUCACCUGCCAACUCUAGUGUACCAUUGGCAACAGGAGCUCAAAAAAGUGACAUUUCAUCACCAGUGGAAAGGUUGAAACAACCCUCAAGAUUCAAUCUUUCUCCUUGGCGAACGUCAAAAACUUCCUCACCGGCAACAGGAACCACGCCAGAAAAUCUCGCCGAAGCCUCACCAACAUUUCAGUCGGCCGUAGCAGUAACGCCACCGGCACAAACAAUUUCAGCAGCAGGCACCCAGAUAUCAGGGAUGGGAGACGAAAAUUCCAGAGCGUCAUCCUUAAAAUCUAAACCAGCAAUGAGUGGUUUUAACUUUUCUAAUUUUUUCUCCUGGAGAACUCCGAGAUUUAAUAAAUCAUCUCCACCCAAAACUCAAGCACCAAGUAAAACUGAGACAUCAACUUCCACGUUGGCUCCAACCACGGAACAACUAGCAACGACAGCUUCAACGACUUCCUCAACAAAUAGCGCAUCCGCUUCACCGAUUCCAGAUGAUAAAACUACCCCUCCGAAACCUACACAAAGUAAUACAUUGAUCCCUCCUGAAGGAUCUAACUUUAGAUUCAAUGCAUUUUGGAAGCCGUCUAAAUCAUCAGCGGCGUUUACCAGUGACUCUGGCGCUAAAUUUAACUCUGCAGCUUCUACAAGUGCUAAACCAGAGGAAACUUGGAAAUUAAACGAGACUCCUAGUCUUCCGCAAUCCUCAUCGAAUAAUCUGUUCCAAACUUCAUCAUCGCCAUUCUUGCAAGACUCUCCUAAUGUACAAACAAAGUUAGAGUCAUCCAUAGAGUCAUUGAAGACAGCAAUGCACUCGCUUGGGUCUCCGCCAAGAAUACCACCAAAUCCUCCGAUGCAAGCUCCAUUGAUUCCCAGUGUGAACUCGGGUGGCAAUCAACCACAGCAGAAACCUUCCUCACCAAGUUCCUUCAUGUCAUCCUGGUUUUCUAGAAGACCCUCAAAGUCGUCCCCCUCUACCUCGUCAUCCCCAUCGUCUCCUUCUUCAGCGUCCUCGGGUUCCGCGACAUCUGAAUCCUCUUUAACAGCGACACCCACAAGUACCGCAGGGUUCCGCUCUAAACAAAAGAGAUCGGCAACUACCGUGAACUUCAAUUCUAUAUACGGCUCCAUCGUGAAUGGAAUUUCAUCGAUGGGGAGACGAUUCGAGAGAUGGUCAUCAAGAAGAAGAUCAUUGCCGGGUAAACAUGCCGCUCUACCCAGUAGCCACGGCGGCUUAGAUACAGGAGAGGAUGGGGCGUCAUCCCUGACAAACAAAGAGAAGCUAGAUCCUGAUAGUGCUGAAACUCAAGAGUUUGACGAUGCAGAGAUAGAGCAAAUGAUGAGUGAUAUCCAAAAAUACAACACAUUUUCCAACAGCCAUGAGGAAUCCUCUGAAGAGGAUGAUGAAAUGUCCAAUUCGAUAGAGGAUUCGAGUCAACUCUCGCCGCCAGAGGAAUUGGCAAGGAACGAGGAUGGACACCUACUGCCGCCGAGUGAAUAGUUAUCGGACAAUCGUAUACUAUUGAACACAAAACCUGCAGAGCAUAAGGAUAGCUUUAAGAAGGAAACUUCCAAUAACAAAAGCACAAUAUUCAAUAAAACUGAAGAUUUAAAUAAAACCACCCAUCAUCCGAUCACAAGUAAGGACGUGUCCGUAACAAAUGGCAACCCACAUUUGUUUAAGGGUAUAAAAUUGGAUGUAGGUACCGUGAAGGAACAGGUUACUGAGCCAGUUUACAAUUCUCGUAAAAAUGACAAUAUAAGAACUAAAGAUACUCUAAAUAUAAAAGAAAUUUCAAAUGCACUUUCGCCGUCUAAGCAAUUCGAGGAUGGAUCUGUAGUGCAACUAGAUAAAAUGCCUGCAGUAACGACGAAUAAUGACGAAAAUAAACGUCCAGUUUCAGCUGAAAUUGAAAAUGAUAGAUCGGGUGAUCCGAUGGCAGGGAUAAAGCAAUCCUUACAAAAAUAUCCGGGGGCUCAUGAAUACGAUCAAAUAGACAAUGAUCGCAAUAUUUUGAGGAAAAAAUCUGAAAAUCAUAAUAAAUUUGCACCCGAAUCAGAAAAUUCCAAAAAACUAGCAAUAGAUAAAACACAACCCUCAUUAAAAACUGAUUCAGAUACGAAUGAGCCUACAAACUUAAAUCUAGCCUCAAAUAAUAAUAGUAAAGAUCUCAUUCUGAACAAAGCAAAUUUAGAAGAAUUACAUCAGAAGCAAAGUAUCCGUACCCAGUUAGAGGAUUUUAAGGGGAAGCGUUCGAUGAAUUUGAGAAAAAAUAUGAUUUAAAAAAAGCAGCGGCUCUUAUCACUGGCGAAUAUAGGGGAAAAGCGCGCGUGUCCCGAUUUGUGACGUUGCAGGAUUCCCUUAAAAAUUUAUUUUUUAAGAAGAUUUUUAUUACUCCCGCAUCAUUAAUGCUCAAGAUUUUGUUUGAUUAAUUCUCAUCAUUCAGACGUUAACACUGAAUAUUUCAUUAAAUUAUGUCAAGAAAUAUUCUCUUGUAAAAUAUCCCAAGAGUGGAAAUUUUAAAACUCCGCGAUCAAAUUACGUUUUUAUUUAUUUAUAUUAUUUUAUUUUUUAUUUUUUCAUUAUCGACUCGCUGUUUCUCAAUGGAUUCUUUUUUCUAACAACAGUGUGAAAUGACUCGCUAUCAAAUAGGAGAAGAAAAGGAAAGUAUUUCUGUCAUGUCAUCAUUUUCAUUUCAAUUACCUCAUUUAAGACAUCAUUUAAAACAGAGGGACAGAAAAUAUGUACUCAUGAAAAUGGAUAGAUGGACACAAUGAUUACUGGGGCACAAGUUUUUAGAGGACUGUACUCUCCAGUUCCUUUUAUUAAUGCAUUCAAGAUGUUCCGCGCUCAUUUUUACCAGUUCGCCUUCAAUAAACUGGUAGGCAAUGUGAGUGGCUCAGGAACAGUAAUAGUUGCUUGCAAUAGGCUAGUCUAUAUUUCCCAUGAAAUUAAUUUAUGCUAAUACUGGGCUGUACCUCAUUUUGCUCUAAUAUCUCAUUCAUCAUGAUCAGUUUCCAUUAAAUUAUUAGAACGUUUUUAGAGAAAUGUUCGAGCUCUAAGCUCUAAGGUGCAAAUGGGAUACUAUUUUUUUCAUUGAACGAACAAAAUGUUGAAAUGAUCUAAUACAUUCGUCUGGGAUCAAAAGACUUUGCAAUACCUAUAACAUGUGGCUAUUGAUUUAACGGUAUUGCUUUAGGAGCGCUUUUUGGUUUACAUCUUACACUAGUUAAACGUCACUAUGCAGAGGGUUCGUGGGUAAAUGAUUUGAAUCCAAAGAGAGUUUCAAAGAAGAACGUAUAUUUCUGUAUUAUUACCCAUGUUAUUGUUAAUGGACUUAUUUUAAUUCUCUCCGUAAACUGAUUCUUCCUGUGCGAUGAAAUGCACUCAACUGUGUCGCUUGGUUUUAAAAAUUGGAGCAUCUUUUCAAUCUGUAAGAUUACUCCUACUAAAUAAUUCUGAGAAUGACUUAUUGAAUGUAACAAACAAAUUGAAAACCAAUUGUGGUCUUCAUUCAGGAGUAUUCUGGGAUUCAUCGAGUGAAUUUCUGUGUGGUACAAAGAUAGGACUCUAUCAUUUAUUUAUUUAUUUAUCUAUUUAUUUAUCUAUUUAUCUAUUUAUCUAUUUAUUUAUUUAUUUAUUUAUAUUUACGUCAAGUCACCGAUUGCAGUUCCUACAAAAACUCAUAUUAACCUAUCCAACGCGUUCCAUGAGUGAAUUAUGGGCUUAAUUCUAUAACUUAGAUUACGUAGCUUAAUUUAUUUAUUCUUCUAGAUUAGGUUCUCUGAAUAGCACAGAAAAUUAGCUAGGAAAGAACAUGAAAAUUCUUUCAACUAGCUGAUAAAACAGUGACAGGGGUCGAUACCAACCGUGAUAGCAAUUCAGCCAUUCCCAUGAAUUUCCAAAAAAAUCUUUGGACUGAAGUUGAAAUUACCACAUAUGUAAGUACAGCGCUACAAAUAGAGUCUGUUAUCACUUUUAUGAGACUAAGUACAUGCGCACAGUUUCUUCCACAUA